GACGGAUAGCUGCUUUGUUAAUGUUUUGGUUAAAGGUAUUAAAAAGUGCGGGAAUAUUCGGGAGUAGAUAUUCUUAAGUUCUUUUCGUGUGUAGUUAAAGAACCACAAUGAAUAUUGUGUUUUUUUUAAUUAAGUAAUUGUAAAAUGUAGUGCAUUCAAAUGUAAAGUGGUAAAUAGGAUAUUAUUUUAUAAUAGAUCCUUAAAUAAAAUUUAAAUAUACACACCCGGCAGUUCUUUCAGUUUUUUGGAAAAUGAAUGAUAUUCGUUCGUUCAUUAGCCAGCAAAGAGGUUGUGUACGCUGGAGUAAUAUCAAUACCGCUCUCAGCCGUUUAAGAUGUCCAAAGAAAGAUGAAUAUUCACAAAUUUUGCCUUGUGAAAACAACUGGACAACAGAUAUAGUGGAGCCUCCAAUUUUUGCCUGUAAAUUUGCCCAAAAAGAAGGUUACGAACAUAUUUUGGCUCUCGCCAAUGAAGACGGCAAGUUGGCGAUCCACAACAUGAAUGGCACUAAACAACGAUUUGGCUGCGAUGCACAUCGGAACGCGAUUUUUGAUUUAGCGUGGAUGUUUGAUCAAAUGAAAUUAGUCACUGUUUCAGGUGAUCAUUCGGCAUGUCUCCAAGAUGUGUCCGAGUCAGGCAUACAACCAACGCAGAUCUUUGAGGGACAUACACGUUCAGUUAAGACAGUAGCAUUUCGCUAUAACGAUUCCAGCGUUUUUGCUACAGGCGGGAGAGACGGGACUAUUCUUACGUGGGACGCCCGUAGCAAUCAAUCUUUAAUUGGAAAAGUUGAUCGUUGUCUUUACAAUACACACAGAUUUAACAAGUCACUCUCCACAUCAAAACCCAAACGAAAAAAGAAUAUUAUGUGCACAGCCGUAUCAGGGGCAGAUUCUGUAACAGGUCUAGUGUUUCAAGACGAAUACUCCUUAAUAUCAUGCGGAGCAGGAGAUGGGGUAAUAAAAGUGUGGGAUAUGCGUAAAACUUACAGCAAUUAUACCCACGAUCCAGUACCAAAAUUCGUUUUGCCGCAUCAAGGAUCUACUGCAAAGAAUGGCUUUAGUAACCUCACCUUAGAUCGGUCUUGUAUGAAAUUGUAUGCCAACUGUUUAGAUAACAACAUUUACUGCUAUAAUGUCGGGACAUACAAUACAACGCCAUACAUGAAAUAUUCUGGACACGAGAAUAGUACCUUUUAUAUCAAGUCCAGCCUUAGUCCCAAUGGCCGGUAUUUAGUUAGCGGAAGUAGCGACCAUAACGCAUACAUCUGGGAUGUUGCCAGUUCCACUCCAUUAAUAAAAUUGGUCGGUCAUCAAGCAGAAGUCACCUGCGUUGCGUGGUGUCCAUCUUAUGAAAUUGCUAUUAUUACAUGUUCUGAUGAUCUCAAACACAAGUUUUGGAAAGUCGGCGAUGAAGAAACGUCAGAUAAUUGGGAAGUUGAAGGUGCUGGGGUAGCCAUGCGUAUUAAAAAGAAAAAAAGGCAUCCUCCGCGUCGUGGUUGCAAAAGACGUUUAAAUACAAUUUUUAAAGAAAAUAAAAAUGAAUCAGUAAAGAGAUUUAUAGAAAGUGGUGAAGGAAAUAACAUCAAAAUUUUUAAAUCGAUGUUUGGACCCAAGAAGCUUUUUAGCAGUAUCGACCAAAACUCUUCAGAAUGUUAUAAAUCAGCCCACGUUCAAGAAGUACCUGAUAUACAAGAUGAGAAAUACGAAUCGCCCUGUAAAAGACUGAAAGAAGAUAAAGAGAAUGAUAAUAGUUCAUUUAAUAAAGAUGAUGAUACUGAUAUACCAUCAAAACGAGUUAAGUUAGAUUGUCCUCAUCAAUCAGAAGUUACUAAAGUAACAUCUCCUUUGGCAUUAAUAGACUUUGAUGAAAGUUCCUCAAAGACAACAGUGAUAUCUGAUUUGCCAAAUUUCGUCAUUGACGGCAGAGCUCCACACUUAAAUGUAUCUCCCAUUAAAAAGGUUGAAAAAGACUGGUUAAGUAAAAUACGAGAUGAAAAAGGUUCUUUGCCAAAUGUAGAAACUGUUGACUGUUCUCCCAAAAAUAAUACCUGUACCACUCCUAAGUCACGGCAUAAGUUUAAAGGAACUAAUCCGUCCUCGCCCCAUAGUCCACUCCUGAAAUUUUUCAAAAUUACCAGUAGUAAUACUCAGCCUUGCUCACCUAAAUCACCAAACCUAAGUUCCUAUCCUUGUCAUUACUCUACAAAUUUAGUUUAGGUUUAAUUACUUUUAACGCGUUUUUAAAACGAUUAUUUUGUGACAUCUUGACAAAAAUGGUCAAGGUGACUGUUUAUAUGUUAGUUCUAUUCAAUUAGAAUCUCUGUUGAUACGUUUGUAUUCUACGAAUUAAAUGAUGAUAAAAAGCCGACUACUUAAGUUAACGAGAAUUACUGUAAAGGAUAUUGAAGUUUUUUUUUAUUAAUGUAGAAAACUAUAAUUGAUCGUAUAGCCGUUUAUAUGGAGGGGUACCGA